AUGGAUUCGGAGCUCACCCGACCGUCAGAGCUCGACGAGUCGCAGUCGUCCAAGCUGUCCAGCGUCCACGCCAGCGACAUGGACAGCGGCAGCGACAGCGACAGCGACAGUUCCAACGAAGGUGCAUCCGAGGCGGCACCUCAGGUCGAAUGGCUCGCCACGGGCCGCCAGCGUCGCUCUACGGCCGGCAACCGCAUGAAGUCGAUGCUCGCCAACGAAGAACCCGACUCGGAUCUUGAGCUGCUCUUCGCCGAAGACGAAAAUGAUCAGGGCUUCUCCGACGCCGGUGAACACGCCUCAGACGUGCAGAUGGACUCAUCCUCCGAUGACGACGACAACCACGACGACGAGCUCGAGGGCGAAAAGGAGCUCGACAAGCAGGCCAAGGAACGCCGCAUGGCGCAGCGCAAACGCAAGGCGCAGGAGGCAGUCCCGGCCAAAUUUCGAAAAAAAGUACGCAUCGACACGAGCAACUCGACGCCGCGGUCCUCGGUCGCCCCCUCGACACCGCAAACUGCGAGUCAGCCCCGGCCAAAGAAGAAGUCGGAGCGCGCGUCGUGGCUGCCCUCGGUCACCGACCUGCCCACGCGCGCCUCGUCGCGCCAGACAACGCGUCUCUCCAAGGAGCAGUUGCACGCGCAGAUGGAGGAGCGCGAGGCCAAGCGGCUGAAGCAGCUAGCGCAGAUGCAGAAGAAGGCGGCGCGCCUCGAGGCCCUCAAGAAGCCGCCCAUGACGCAGGAGGACCGCCUGCGUGAGGCUGCGCUCGUCGAGGAGCGCAACAGCAAGAGCCUCAACCGCUGGGAGGUGGCGGAGAAGCAACGCGAGGAGGAGCGCCGUGCCAAGCUCGCCGCGCUGCACGAGCGCACGCUCCGUGGGCCGGUCCUUUCGUUUUGGAGUGGCAUGGGCCGCUUCCGCGACGGCUGGCGCAAAGGAGAGGGUAUUCAUGUAGCGGUCGAGGAGAAGCCGAAAAAGGCGAGAAAGGAAAAGGCCGCAAAGGACAAGGGCAAGAAGAAGGAAGAUGCGAAGGGGGGUGUGAAGGAAGAGAAUACUGGAGAGACAAAACCUACGAAUCUCCCGGGUGCGAGUGAUGCACUGCCUCAAUCUACAGAAGAUGACCAACCUGGCUCAGGUCAGAAUGUCGAGGUGAACGCGAACGCGAGCGCCGACGUUCCAAAACAAGAUGCAGCAGCAGACAAUGUAUCCAAAGACACAACCAUGACUGAUGCAGCCAACGCACAAACACAAGAACCUACAGCAUCAACACCAGCAGUAACAGCGACAAAAAGAGCUGCAGAUUCCAAUAACACGGACAAUACAACGAUAGAGGUUUCUGUGGAGGUCGCGACGGUAGAGGUGCCGGUAAAAGAGGGUACGGAAAAGACUACUGUUGGUGAGGGUGGAAGUCAAGCCAUAACGUCGAGGCCCUCGGAAGUGACAGCUUCGUCAGCGACACAGUCCGCAAACGUGGGGGCUACCUCUACGAAAGAACCUCCUGUUGAAGCACAGGCGCCACUCGCGCAGCCUAAAGAGUAUACGCAAGCGGUAUUUGGCUUAAAAUCACCAGGAGCACCGGUGACAGCUGCUGCAGAGGCAGCAGAUGGCGUUGCCUGUCCUGAUUCGGUCGCCAAAGAGACCCAAUCGCAGCCGACUUCCAGAACAGAAACUGCACAUAGUCCCGACCUCACAACAGGCCCAGAUGCUGCGCUGGUGGCAAACGGAUUGCCAAUUCUCCAGAAGGUUCAUUUGCCGCCGAUUGAGAACGAGUCCCUGCCUGCAAGCAAGAUGGUCAGCCGAAUACAGUCGGAAGCAGCCACGCCGCAACCAGAGCAAGCCCUCUCACCGCUAGACGGGCUGGCAACGACUCGAGAUGCUAUCAUCUUUCAGAACUUUGACGAAAGCGCCAUUAAAGACAGGGGUGUGCAGACGCAGGUUCUAUUUGGUCGCAAGAUGGGCCGCUUAUCAAAACCUACGCCUGUGCCGAUAUGUCCCAUCACCAACAAUCCCGCCCGGUAUCGUGACCCGAAGACCAGCCUUCACUUCUACAGCGCCGCCGCCUACAAGGAGCUCCAGCGCGUGCAGUCGGGCGAGUAUCGCUGGAGCCGGCUGCUCGGUGCCUGGGCGGGCAGCGGCUCGUAUGCGGCGCGCGGCGUGCCCGAACGAUUUCUCAACCCGGCACGGUGCCCGAACCUGGACGAGGUACAGCGCAUCGAACGGAAGCGGGAGGACAAGGAGAAGCUCAAGCUGCAGCAAGCAGAAGACGGAAAAAAGGCCAAGGAGACGAAGACGGUGAUACCUAACAAGCAGGCAGGCGGCGGCGGCGGCGGCGGCGGCGGCGACGGCAGUCCCGCGAUGGCGACGGAGGACGCAAAGACAGUCAUUAGCGUCAAGGCGGAGGAGACGAGCGGCGCCAAGACUGAAGCGCCAGUGGCGGCAUGA